GAUAGUUUUGAUCCUCAUGAUGUAAGAGGAUCAGCAAGUGUCAACUUCCUUGGUGGACUACGUAAUGCAACUUCUGAUCCACCAGGAACAAGAUCAUUUGAUAUAAGAGUUGAUCAGAUUACUAUUCCAAGCAAUGAUACAACAUAUUGGUGUGCAGGCUUUGAAUUUCCUCAAGAUAUACAAAACAGUGAAAAAUACAUAAUACGAUUUUCACCCCAUGUGACUCCAGCCAACACAGCACAUGUUCAUCACAUGCUAGUUUAUAUCUGUGACUCACUGAAUACAACAGAUCCUGGUGGUCCUUGCGAGGAUGUCAGCGAUGGACUCUCAUCUUGUCUAGGUGGGACUUUAAUUGCAGCAUGGGCUGUUGGAGCACAAGAUUUCAUAUAUCCACCUAAUGUUGCCUAUGGACUGGGAGGCAAUGAGUAUCGCUAUGCACUCAUUCAAAUGCACUAUGAUAACCCAAACAGACUAUCAGGGGUGAUUGAUAGUUCCGGUAUGACAUUCUAUUACAUUGAUACACCAAGGGAGCAUAAUGCUGGUAUUCUUCAAGUUGGACAUGCAGUGAACCAAUACAUGAUAAUACCUCCUAAAGCAAGGAAUUAUACUAUAUAUGGCUUCUGCUCUUCCACUUGUACUGAGAACUUUCCUGAAGAAGGUAUACACAUAUUUGCUAAUGCACUACACACUCAUUUGCUUGGUGUGGGUGUUAAGCUGUAUCAUCUGAGAGUUACUGAUCAAUGUAGAUCAGGCAGUGGCAUUGAAGAGCUGAAACCAAUUGAUUCCAAUCCUUUCUAUGACUUUGACUUUCAAGAAGUAGUCCAUUUUGAUGAAGUCACUGUCAAGCGGGGUGACAUGCUUGUGCUGACAUGUACUUAUGACAGCACAAAUGAAAAUGCAGUAACAUUGGGAGGAGAAAGCACUCAUGAGGAAAUGUGCUUGACAUUUCCAUUUUAUUAUCCUAGUGGAAGUCUCACUCAUUGCAUGAGUACAGCUAAUGUUAUUACAUUAGCACCAUUCUUAUCAAGAUACUACAAUUCAUCUCAAUUAAGUGCAUUGCAAUAUGCACCAGAAUCCCUCAUUAGUCAGAUCUUCAAUAACAUUGAUUGGUCACCUGAGGAAAUUCAAAGAUUGGAGAGUUCUGUUUUGAGUAGCAGUCAGUAUGCUUUUUGUCCUGAACCUGGUGUGCCUUUUAAUGAGAGUCUCACAUUUGAACCUGUACCGUCUAUUGGUUGUCCUUAUGAAGCACCUCCUGUAAUGCUGGAGUGUCCUAACUCUAUUGAUCCUACCACUGAUCCUACCAGCGGUGCUGGUGCUGUGUCAUUGAUUACUCUCUCAGUCACAGUGCUGCUCUUUGCUAUGAUUGCAAUGAUCCUCAUUAAUUAACUCUUUCUCCUACUCCAUUUUUGCUGUUUUUUGUCUUAGAUUAUCGAACAGGGAUUGGACUUUUUCUGCCCUUUUCAUUAAUUUGUGCCCCUUUUCAUCUGCUGCAUUAACCCUCAAUUAUGAUAAUAAUAAUUUUAUUUAUGAUAAAUCAUGGUGUUUUGUGAACACAAAUAAAUUAAGAAA